AUGGAUCCUACUUCUCAAAGUUCAGUUGAUGAAGAGAUGGAGAGUCAUGCCCCACCAAGGGCUAAAUCAGGAGUUUCUGCUCCUAUUACUAAUAUCACUGCUAGUAUCAACUCCAUUCCUAUGCUAAAUGGUACAAAUUUUAAGGCAUGGCAAGAGAGUGUAAUGAUCACUCUUAGAGUCAUGGAUCUAGACCUUGCAUUAAGAGUUCCUAAACCUACUAAUCUCACUGAUAAGAGUACCUCUGAUGAAAAGAGGGAGAUGGAAAAGUGGGAAAAGUCUAAUCAUAUAAGUCUUAUGGUCAUUAAGCAUGCCAUUCUAGAAGCUUUUAGGGGCACUAUGUCCGAUCAGGUGGAUACAGCUAAAGCUUUCCUUGAGGACCUUGAGAAGAGAUUUGCUAAGAAUGAAAAGGCUAAAGCUAGUACAAUCUUAGCAAAGGAUGAUCUCUAA